UCCGAGGGACACAUUUUGAGGUUGCACGCGGCUGAGGAUGGCUGAUAUUACUUCUCAGCCUGAACUGCCAGCGUCUCAGGAAGUCAGCAGCGAAUUUAAGAAGCCGGUUUUGCCGGUGCCUCUGGCAGUGCGGAGUAAAGCUUCGGCCGCCAGUCCCUCAAUUCCUGAGGAGGUGAAGACCGAAUGCCCCGCGGCGUUGUUGGACUCCGCAUGUGGGGAGCCGGAGGCCCCGCUGCCUCAGCCGGACAGCAAGGAGACUGGGAGUCCACCGGUGGAGCAGCCCCGCACCCCGCGGGGAGCUCCUGCUUCUGGCGGUCCGGCCCGGGCUCCCCCAUACCAAGAGCCAUCGUGGGGCGGCCCAGCCACGGCCCCCUACAGUCUUGAAACCUUGAAGGGUGGCACCAUCCUUGGCGCCCGCACCUUGAAGGGGACGAGCUGCUGCCUUUUCGGGAGACUUGCUAGUUGUGACAUAUGCCUGGAGCAUCCUUCCGUGUCUCGGUACCAUGCGGUGCUACAGCACCGGGGGUCGGAUCCCGACGGUGAAGCUGAUGGUCAUGGGCAGGGCUUCUAUCUCUAUGAUCUGGGAAGUACCCACGGCACUUUCCUCAAUAAAACUCGCAUCCCACCUCGCACUUUCUGUAGAGUCCACGUUGGGCACGUUUUUCGCUUUGGAGGCAGCACUCGUCUCUUUAUCCUUCAGGGACCAGAGGAAGACCGAGAGGCAGAGUCUGAGUUAACGGUAACACAGCUGAAGGAACUGCGCAAGCAACAACAGAUGUUAUUGGAGGAGAAGAUGCUAGGUGAAGACUCCGAUGAAGAAGAGGAGGCAGAUGCCACCGAAGGGAAGAGAAAUACUAGCGGUCAAGAUGAUGAGAUGGGUUGCACGUGGGGAAUGGGAGAGGAUGCUGUGGAGGACGAGGUUGAAGAGAACCCCAUUGCCUUGGAGUUUCAGCAGGACCGGGAAGCCUUUUAUAUAAAGGAUCCGAAGAAAGCUCUUCAAGGCUUCUUUGAUCGAGAAGGAGAAGAAUUAGAAUAUGAAUUUGAUGAGCAGGGGCAUAGCACAUGGCUCUGCAGGGUGAGAUUACCUGUAGAUGAUUCAACUGGAAAACAACUGGUUGCUGAGGCCAUUCACUCAGGAAAGAAAAAGGAAGCCAUGAUACAAUGCUCACUGGAAGCCUGUCGGAUCCUUGACACAUUGGGAUUGCUGCGGCAAGAAGCAGUAUCUCGGAAAAGGAAAGCCAAGAACUGGGAAGAUGAAGACUUUUAUGACAGUGAUGAUGAUACAUUCCUUGAUCGCACUGGCCUGGUUGAGAAGAAGCGUUUGAACCGAAUGAAGAAGGCUGGGAAGAUUGAUGAGAAGCCAGAAACGUUUGAAUCACUGGUUGCAAAGUUAAAUGAUGCUGAAAGGGAACUCUCUGAAAUUUCUGAGAGGCUCAAGGCUUCCAGCAAAGCUCUAUCAGAACCGUCAUCUCAGGAUUCUCUAGAUGCAUUUAUGUCAGAAAUGAAAUCAGGAAGCACAUUAGAUGGUGUGUCCCGGAAGAAGCUGCACCUGAGGACUUUUGAACUGAGGAAAGAACAGCAGAGACUUAAAGGGUUAAUAAAACUUGUAAAGCCAGCCGAGAUCCCAGAACUAAAAAAGACUGAACUUCAGACUACAAAUGCAGAAAACAAAGCUAAGAAACUUGCAUUGCCUCUCUUCGGUGCCAUGAAAGGAGGAAGCAAAUUCAAAUUAAAAACUGGAACAGUAGGGAAGUUGCCACCCAAGCGUCCAGAACUCCCUCCAGCUUUAAUGAAGAUGAAGGAUGAGCCUGAAGUAGAAGAGGAGGAGGAAGAGGAGGAAGAAGAGGAGAAAGCACAGGAGGAUCAUGGAGAGCAAAUGGAGGGUGGAAGCCGUAGGCUGCCUCAAGAGCCAGAGCCAGAGCCUGGAGCAGCAGUGCAGGACCCAAGUGCUCCCGCAGAUCCCUCCUGCUCUACGGAGACAAAAAGCCAUGAAAGUAUAUCUCAGCUCAGCCAAGUGGAACAGAGUAAAGAUUGUCAGGAGGCGGGCAAAAUAGUGUCAUCAUGUGAAGACCCUGCAGUAGCACCAGAGAAUGAAUAUAAAAAAAACAGAAACGAGUUGAAGGAAAAGAAAGCUCCUGGUCCAAGCAAAUUUCCACCCAUACUUUCUUCCAAAUACCCUGAGGAUGACCCAGACUACUGUGUAUGGGUCCCACCUGAAGGUCAAAGUGGAGAUGGCAGAACCCAUCUUAAUGACAAGUAUGGCUAUUAAUUGGUUCAGAGUCCCAAAGGGAGACAUUGUGGACGGCAGGAUAUUUGGGAUGAUGUAUCAAGUCAUGACCAGGGAAGUUCAGAUGUGAUCGUCUAUAAAAUCUGGUGACUGGCUUUUUCCUCUGUAUCCCUGACUUCCUCAAGUUACCUGCCCAUUGGAGUCGCCUGAAUCUUGGUGUUUAUAUUUAAGUGUUUGUGUACAUAUGUAAAAAGGAACCAUGUACGUUAAGAAUUAGUAAAGUAAGAGACAUGACCCUAUUAUAUGAGAAGGUAGUGAUGAUUUUCCUAAUGUUGUUUAAGGUCAUAGCUUCUACUGUAACUAGGGCCUGUGCUGGUACCUGCUGCCACGCUGGAUGACUCCGCCAGUGAACGUGGCCUGUCCUUAGGACUCAGUGUUGA